GCAACGGUACCGUUUGGGUUCACUGGCUUGCGAAACAUAGGGAACACUUGUUUCAUGAACGCAACGUUACAAAUGCUAAUCAACAAUAUCGAACUUAAGACAUAUUUCCUAGAUCACUACUAUAAACUCGACGUGAAUCCUAACAAUCCACUUGGAUUCAGAGGUCGUCUAGCCGACGCUUUUGGCGAUUUCAUGAGACUUGUGUGGAAUGGUCAGAAUCGUGCUGUUGAACCGACGAAGAUUAAGGAACUGGUUGCUGAGAAGGCAUCGCAGUUUGCAAACUUUGCGCAGCAUGACGCACACGAAUUCCUUUCCUUUUUGCUGGAUGGUCUUCAUGAAGAUCUUAAUAGAGUGAAGUCGAAGCCUUUGACUACUACCGUGGAAGGUGAUGGACGAUCAGAUGUUGAUGUUUCAAAUGAAGCGUGGUUUAACCACACGCUUAGAAAUGAUUCCAUAUUCGUCGACCUUUUCCAUGGUCAGCUUAAAUCGCGUUUGCAAUGUCCAAAAUGUGAUCGAGUGUCAAUUACUUUCGAUCCGUUCGUAUAUCUUCCCGUUCCAUUCCCUAAAUUAAAAAAGACAAUGACCGUUUGGUUUUGGCCGCAUGAUCCAUCGUUGAAUCCGCUGCAGGUAAGCUAUUCCUCGGAAGGUACCAUUCAGGAUUUUCUUAACGCCCUUUCGGAGAUCGUGAGGGUGCCCACCAAAGUGCUUCGACUUAUCGAAGUGUUUGGUCAUCGUAUUCAAAAAGUCUACUCUCCUUCGGACAAAUCCAGCGAUAUAUGUUGCGGUGAUGUGUUAUAUGCUUUCCAAGUUCAUGACCCUGCAAACUGCAACGAACCGGUCGUUGAGCUCUUUGUUGUGCAACGUCAACUCUACCCUUCAACUUUGCGUUACGCCUGCAACGAAUGCGGAAGAAGCACAGAACCUUUGAAAACCUGCGAAGCAUGCUACAAUGCCUACUACUGCAACAAACAAUGUCAGUUGUCUAAUUGGAACAAGGGUGGUCAUCGAGAUGAGUGCCGCAAACGAACCACGGUUGACUAUGUUGGUCAACCAUUUAUGGUCUCCCUUCCUCGAAGUCAGCUUACUUAUCGUCAGCUCAUUCGUGUCCUUGAGGCAAGAUGCAGGUUUAAUCCCAUGACUUCAUAUGCGACGCUGUCAUUUAAGCCCUCUCCGGCUUCCUGUACUACCGAUGUAACUCCACGAAGGCAGAGCGUUUUACCAGAACAACAAAAGAAGCCAGAAUUUAAAAUGUUCCUUGUACGGAAGUUGUUGGACCAAGCACAUGUACUUGGCGACAACAUUGUUGAUGAUAAAACAGGUGAAAAAGUUUUGUUUUUCUGUCAACCUCUUGAUUUGAAAACUGACUCGUAUAUCUCAAUCAACUGGUACAAUCUUCGUAAUGGUCGUCCAUUUAUAAGUGUAGAGAACAAAAAAACAUUGGUACGGUUAAAUAUAAACAAUUCAGUCUACUUUUCAUCUCCUAGAAAUGAUUUGGACAGUACUAAAAAAUGUUGUACGAUCCAGGGUAUGUUUUCUGAGACAGAGCGAUUGAAACCAGAGGAAUCUUGGUACUGCAACAAGUGCCGCGAUCAUGUUGAAGCAACGAAGAAAUUGGAGCUAUUUCGACUUCCACCAAUAUUCAUUGUUCAACUAAAGCGAUUUGUUUACACAGCCACUUAUCAAGCAAUGCAUCGUAGAAGCAAAGAUGAGAGGAGAGUGAUCUACCCCAUUACUAAUCUUGACAUGUCUCCGUUCUUGGCCGAAACUGCUCCAACCGGGCAAAAUACAGUUUACGAUUUAACCGGCGUGGUUUGUCACUCGGGUAGUAGUUACUUUGGUCAUUAUGUGAGCAUUGGACGUUUGCCAGGAUUUGAUUCAACCAAAACUAUCGUCGACUGGCGACUUUUCGACGAUUCUAUAGUGUCGAAGCAAUCCAUAAGCAAUGUUCAAUCAGACGACGCGUAUCUAUUGUUUUACAAACAGCAAGGAGUACCGACCAGAUCAAUUUUCAGAAAACAUUAUUCAUGCGAUCCUACUGAAGAUGAGUUGAACAGCGACAAAGUGAACGGAAAUACUGAGCUGCCGGUGAACGGUGAAUCAAGUGAAUGA